CACACUUUAUCUGUUACUUGACGCGUGCUCUCCGAAAGAAAACUCUCUGAAAAUCGUGUGAAAUAGCCGAUCCAAAAAAGGCGCAGGAAAUAUAACAAUUUUCAACUUUUCAAAAAGAGACAAAGAGAGUGCGAAAAGAUGGCAAACUCAGACGUCCAGUUCAAUUACGGCCAGCAGGGAAAUGGUGAUAGCUUCAACGACGACAGCAGCCAGCAGCAAGAUGAUGACGACCAAUUUGACGGAGAUGGCGGCGUCAAGAUUGAGAACGUGGGUGAGAGCCCUAAGUUCGUACGUCUGCGCGGUCUACCGUGGUCCGCCACGCACAAGGAGAUCCUCGACUUCCUGGAUAAUGUAAAUGUGACUAAUGGCUCUGCGGGCAUACACCUGGUUACCAGUCGCGUCGACGGCAAGAACACUGGGGAGGCGUACGUGGAGGUGGCCAGCCAGGAGGACGUCGAGGAGGCUAGGAAGCUGAACAAGGCUAGCAUGGGCCACCGCUACAUUGAGGUUUUCACCGCCACUCCCAAAGAAGCUAAGGAAGCCAUGCGGAAGAUCAGCGGACACGGCACUGCCUUUGUUGUGAAGCUUCGUGGUCUGCCUUAUGCCGUCACCGAACAGCAAAUAGAGGAGUUCUUCUCGGGGUUGGAAAUCAAAACGGAUCGGGAGGGCAUACUUUUUGUUAUGGACAGAAGGGGUCGUGCAACUGGGGAAGCUUUUGUUCAGUUCGAAAGCCAGGACGACACUGAGCAAGCCUUGGGCCGAAAUCGGGAUAAAAUUGGGCACAGGUAUAUUGAGAUAUUCCGCAGUUCAAUUGCUGAAAUGAAGAGAGCCACAGGCGGCGGCGGUGGUGCUGGAGGACGUCCUGGUCCUUAUGAUAUACGUGAUCGUGGAGCCAAUCGAGGUGGCAACGAUUUCGGCGGAGGUCGCAAUGAUUGGGGCAACAAUGGUAACUUCGGUGUUGGCGCCAACAACAUGCUGGGUUUCAACAACCUGCCGAGCUUGAUGAAUUCCGGAAACUUUGGAAACAACCAAGGAAAUAGUGGAAACUUCGGAAAUAACUCUGGACCGAGCAAUUUCGGAAACUUCGGUGGCGGAAACAACGGUGGUGGAAACUCCGGAAACUUUGGAAACAACGAUGGCGGCAACGGAGGAAACUUUGGAAACUUCGGCAACAAUGGAGGUGGAAAUUUCGGAGGCAACAACAAUGGCGGCGGUGGUUUCAACAGUGGCAACAACUUUAACUCCCAAGGAGGCGGCAAUAACUUUGGAAACAAUGGUGGCUCCAAUUUUGGUGGCAAUAACGGAGGAUUCAAUAACGGUGGCAACUUCGGCUCCUCGGGUGGUGGUGGCAACUUUGGGCCCAUCGGCGGUGGUCGCAACAACAACAACAGCGGCAACUUUGGAAACUCCGGAUUCGGAAACUUCGGAGGAAACAACAACAAUGGAAACGGCGGCUCCAACUUUGGAGGUGGCAACAAUGGCGGAGGCGGCGGAUUCAACAAUGGCCCCAACUUUGGCGGUGGCAACUCUGGAGGCGGCAAUUUCGGACCCAUUGGUGGAGGCCGGGGUAAUGAUGAUUCCGGGCAUUACACAAUCCAUAUGCGAGGACUUCCGUACACUUCCUUUGAAAACGACGUCUUCAAGUUCUUUGAACCUAUUCGGCCCGCUAAUGUGCGCAUCAAUUACAACAAGAAGGGUCUGCACAGUGGAACUGCUGAUGCCUAUUUCGACACCUACGAAGAUUCCCAGGUGGCCAUGAAGCGCCACAGAGAGCAGAUGGGCUCGCGCUACAUUGAGCUUUUCUAUGACGGCAAGACCCGAGGCGGACCAAAUGGAAACAAUGGAGGCGGAAACGGCGGCGGCGGCGGUAUGGGAAACAAUGGCGGAGGCAAUGGCGGCGGCAACUUUUCACGGCGCAUCUAAAUUUCUUCCAUAGUUUGAUUACAUUGAAUAUAAUGUAGACGCAAGUAUUUCAUAAUAUUAUGAGGAAGCUGAAACUUUAAAAUGCUAAGGCACCCUUACAGCCACGUAGACCACUUAACAAACGAACAGAUUUCCCAGACAGAGACAAUUGGUCAGAUUUAGAAACCUCUUUUCUGAUUGUAAGCCAAUGUAUCAUCAAGAAUAAAGCACACUUCUUAUUUAAGUACUUUA